UCCGUAGUUAAAAGCGAAAACGUCUGCAGAAGUAGUUCGUGUAACCUAUAGGAAAUCGCACCAACGUGAAAGUUUUCGACAACCUCAGUGGGUUUGAGGGAUGGUUUUGUGUGUUGGUGCCCGUCAUAUGUGUCGACAGCCAUAUCUUUUAACUAUUUUAGAGCUUCUCGUCAAAGGAUGCUCUGAUGCGAUCCUGAGAUUAAAUUGCCUUCAACUGGAUUAUCACCCGUUCGCCAUCGUUUUAAUUUCAAAGGAUUACCGUAGUCAGGACUACUAGUGGAGAACUCAGUUUUUAAGGUGGAAGCGAAAUCAAUGUUAUGACAUAUUUGUCGUCCUUCACAUCGACGUAUCAAGAGGGUUUGCUCUCCAGUGGACGAAAGCAAUAACCUCAAGGGAUUUUUUUUUUCUGUGAAUGUAUCAAUUAGUAUUGACUGUAUCAAUUAGUGUGACCAAAUUGCGCCUUAACCCAGGACGUCGAUAUCGUCGCUUGUCCACUUGUAGAUUUGGAGAUUACUAAUUCAGUUGUCAGAGUCGUAAUCUUGGGUUGAUGACAUUUCACGGUACAAUGAAUGUACUGUGGAGAUAUUUGCUCGGGCUUUUUGUGAUCGUAUGCCGGCUAAAGCUCUCCGGGUCCACAGUUUUAGAAUCAAUUUAUUGGAAUACAUCGAACACAAUGUUCAUCCCAGGAAAGGGUCUCGUACUGUAUCCACAGAUUGGGGACAAGAUGGACAUUGUGUGCCCCCGCUUUAAGCCUGGCAUGAGUGAGCGCACUGCCGUGGAAUACUUCCGCGUGUACCUGGUCACCAAGGAGCAGCUGGAGACCUGCCGUAUUUCUGCAGACAGCAUGGCCCUGCUGAACUGCGACAAGCCUAACAAGGAUGUCAAGUUCACCUUCAAGUUUCAAGAGUUCAGUCCCAACCUCUGGGGCCUCGAGUUCCUCAAAGGGAAAGACUAUCACAUCAUCUCCACAUCUAAUAGCACCUUAGAAGGUCUGGACAACCACGAGGGAGGAGUGUGCGAGACCAAAUCCAUGAAGCUGGUGCUCAGACUUGGACAGAGUCCAGCUGAUACAUCUUCUGCAAAAGAGCUCCAUCCCCCCAAACACUCAGACAGUGAGAACCAAAGCACCUUCAGCAAGGAGAUUGAUGUCUUAAACAAAGUUGACCAUGUUCCAGGCGUCAACACAGAUGGCAGGAGCGGUGAGUCGGUGGGCACAUCAGCCUCUGCUGUGGCGCUGUUCGCAGGCGUGGUCUCGGGCGCAGUGGUUGCCGUCCUGCUUCUGGCCGCCGGCCUCGCAGCACUCGUGCGUCACCGCCGCCGACACAGCAAACACUCAGUGCCGGGCUGUGCACCGCUGCCGCUCCAUGCCCUCCCCAAGCAGGGCUCUACACUCGGCCCCACCCCUGCCAGCAACAACAAUGGUUCCGAACCGAGUGACAUCAUCUUCCCCCUACGCGCCUCUGACCCCAUGUACUGCCCGCACUAUGAGAAGGUGAGCGGCGACUACGGCCACCCUGUCUACAUCGUCCAAGAGAUGCCGCCCCAGAGCCCUGCCAACAUCUACUACAAAGUCUGAGAGCUUCAAGAAUCUCCAGGGACAGGGAGUUAUGGAAUGGCCUGUCCCAUCUGAUUUCAACCCUAAAAUAUCGACGUCAUUUUACUGACUCUGUCAGAACAGCUUGGCAUGGUUCCCAACCCAUUCAGGAUGUUCUUGGGCAAACCUUCAGCAAAAGUGUAUAAAAAGUCUUGAAUGGUGCUCAGAUUUCAGUCUGUUUGAAGAAGGGACAUAUGCUCACAGCAGACAUGGGUUAAUGAGACAAAUGAUGGAGAACAUUCUCCCAUGCUCUAACUCACAGAGGCAGACUGAGGUGCUUUGGCAUUGAUCCUGCACUCUGGGUAAGAAACAAUGGGGCAUCACAAAACUUUCACAGAUGAAAAGCUGAAGAAAAAAAAAACAUUCGUUACACAGAUCAGUUGGCAGACACUGAAUCGUCAAGUUUUCAGUAUAACUAGACCCUUUAUUUUCAGUUCUACGAUGCCCAAAUCUUCUUUUUUUGUAUCACAGCCACCUUUGGUUGUUUGGUUUGAGCAGCAUUAGCUCAAUGUCAACAUUCGUUAAUCCACAAAGAGCCAAAAUGGAUGGCAGCAGUACUGUCAGCAUGUAAAGUGCAUAUGAAGGUAGGGGUACAAGCAGAGUAAGGCUGCAGGAAAGAGUCUUUCAGCGUCCCCGCACUGGCCUGAUGGCUGGAUAACACAUAUCAGACUCCUGCUGAUUUCUCCUCCAUAUGGUGUGGCUGCGUCAAGGUGUGAGAUUUUGCAGGUCCUUCAGGCUGCAUGCUUUGGUGGCUCAAUCAGCAGAGAAAAGCCAAAAGGAACCUCACCAUGCACAAAGCCCUUCUUUGUUUACUUAGAAAUGUAAAUAUUACCUAAGCCUUUUUUUCAUUUUUUUCUAAAUUAUGUUUUAAGUUAUGUAUUAUGAAUAUGGACGGUCUUGUUUUACACCCAGCUUUAUGUUAACUGCUGACUGUUAUGUCUGGAAAAGAAGAGAACCGGUGAUUACUCAAACCAGAAACCAUGUGUUGAUGCCAUAGAUUUAUGUUUUCAUAUACAGUAUGAUCAACAGUGGCGUUUCAGUAAAGUGCAGCUAUUGAUCUGCCCAAUUGUUGCUUUGUUGAUUAUUUGCCAAGGGGAUGUUUCAUUCCAGCUGGGUGCAAUUGAAUGAAUUACGAUUAUUUGAUUGAAUGCAUUCGUAAUAGGGGCCUGUGCCGCCUCUGCAAGAGCUUUGUCUUGAAACCGAACAAAACAGUGGAUCUUUCUUUUGUAAGAUUUGAAUAAAGUCAAUCAGUGGUACAGUGGGCUGGAAAAUGAAAUGCCAAGUUGUCCCGUGUUUCAGGUUGAGGCUACAAUCCUUCCCACCAAAAGGAAAACCAUUCCCUCACACAUCUGCUAGAGUCUGCCUCAUCAAAACACUCAAAUGUCUCAAAAUGUCAGAAUAUGCAAGCAAAAACUCAUUUUACAGCAUGAGGUUAAUCUGCAUAACCACAUAGUUUGUGAACUGCUUGAUCAGUUAUGAUUUUAGAACAGGACAGUGAUGGUUUCCAGUUUAGUUUCUAGAAAAAGUGCAGGGAUAUGCUGGCCUGGGCCCAUCUGGCUGCAGGGACCAGUGUCUCUUCCAGGCCCUUAUGCUCGGUUCACUGUGUGGUCUUAUCUCAGCUCCCCAGCGUAUUCUGACAAACCUGAACAACCUGGACCACUCGUCCUGUGAAGGCUGAGCA